UGGUUUGAGUCAUACAAGAUCCACGCUGCUGCUUUGAUUAUUGGAGAACUGUCUGAAAGUCCCAGUCACUGGAGUUCAGCCAAGUCACUGGACCAGUGGCUCAAAGAGCAAGGCAUUCCUGGAUUACAAGGUGUUGACACCCGCUGCUUGACCAAAAAGAUCCGAGAGAAGGGGACCAUGUUGGGGAAGCUGAUAGUGGACGGGACUCCUGAGGAAAGUAUUCCCUUCGAUAAUCCCGACAAGAGGAACCUGGUCCGAGAGGUCUCCAUGAAGGAGCCAAAAGUGUUCAAUCAUAGCGGCAGCUUUCGUAUCACAGUGGUGGACUGUGGCAUCAAGUACAACCCUCAGAGAGGAGCCCGUGUUACUGUCGUACCCUGGGACCACCCGCUGGACACCCCCGAUUUUGAUGGUUUGUUCGUCAGUAAUGGUCCCGGGGAUCCCCAGCUCUGUCAGGCCACCAUCAACAAC